GAACUGUAAACAACACUGUCCACUGUUUACGACGUUUUCCUUUAAAAUACAUAGAGUUGUAGAUUUUAGUUAUAACAUGUUUACGUAAAUGGUGGCGGAGUAGUGUUUACGCUUUCGUCGGAACCAGACGGAACACAUCGCAUGUCAUUGAAAGAAAUCAACUGUAGAAAACGUCAUUCUGCUUCAAGUCCGCUUCGUGCCCGCUUGGUACCCGUUUUAUGAGUUUGGCUGUCGUUGAAACACGUCGAUGUCAUGUUUGCAGCUCAAGUGUAGCUGUAACGAUUCGGAGAACGACGUAUCAUUUUCGGAAGAAAACCAGGGCAAUGGCGAUUCACUUUACCAAAACUUGUCUGAAGCCUCACAUUUGUCUGAGGUCAUCCCACUGUUGCCCGCAGCUGCCGACAUGAUCAAAUAUGAGGCUGAUGCCACAAAGUUUGAACUGCUGUCUGUCAUUGGUAGAAGUUCCCGCAGAUCCACAGUGGUUUCCCUGACAAAGCACAUUCCCUCCGGGCACCGUAUAGCAGUAAAACGCAUUAGCCUGGAUGCUCCAGGCACAGAUGCUGCAUACAUACAGCAAGAAAUCUUAGUCACUCGACAGUUGAAGCAUGAGAACAUACUGCCAUAUCUGUGUGCGUUUGUCUCAAGCUGUGAAGUAUGGGCUGUCAUGCCGCUUAUGACAUACGGUUCAGUUAGGGACAUCUUAGAUACCCACUACCCUGGUGGCCUUCCAGAGAAUGCUGUCUCUCUUAUACUAAGAGAUACACUUUCAGCACUAGAGUAUGUUCACCAAGCUGGGUUUAUUCACAGGAGUGUAAAAGCAGCCCACCUUCUCAUUUCAAGCAAAGGCAAAGUGCUCUUAACAGGGUUUCGAUAUUCCUGCAAUGUGAUUGUGGACGGCCGUUGGCAACCCAGUCUCCACGACUUUCCCCCGGACUCUAUCGAUAAUUUGAACUGGCUAAGCCCAGAGGUAUUGCAACAGAACCUGAUGGGCUACAACUCCAAGUCUGACAUCUACAGUGUGGGAAUCACUGCUCUCGAGCUGGCAAAUGGUGGUGUUCCAUAUACUGGCCUUACUCCCACACAAAUACUGCUCGCUAAACUACAAGGGUCAAAAUCAACACCACAUAGCAGCGUCAGUGAUGGAGCACCUUUGAGCGAAUCAAAUCGAGACAUGUACAAAGCAAGUGGCGAAUACUCUGGCCAAAGCAAUACAUUUUGUGAGGAGUUUUCAGUAUUUACAUCUCUGUGCCUGCAAAAGGAACCAACACUAAGGCCGUCAGCUCACCAGCUGUUGUCACAAGGCUUCAUCAAACUAUGCCGGAAAUUAAUGGCAACCCUGCCUGCAAUUCUGGCUCCUAUUUCACCUAGAGCAGAAGUCUUAAGGAACACAAGUCCUGAACUAGACGAGUCUGCGACUGGUUACGUGCAAGAUAUUUCUUGGAACUUCUAGUCCUUUGGGCAUUCCCCAGUGAUUUUUCAUUGUAUAUAAAAUAGGAUUAAAACUUUUGUAAGGUAA